CGGUGUAGCAUUUUGAUGUUUGACAGUAGCUAGCUACCAUAGCUGUGUAGGUCGUCUAUGGUCACGUUAGAUCUCUGUGUAGAAAGCUUUAGUAAACAUUUUCUGAUGCGACGUAUACCUAAUUCACCUGACAGUGAAUCGACGAGGAGAAUCAUAUUAAAUGAUAUUUAGAUCAAAAUUGAAGGUCGUGACUCGUGUUAUCUAGAAAAGCAUCAUAGCUUGGCUAACUAGCUUUUAGCAGGCAGCCAUCUAAAUGAAUUGAGUUGACCCCCCCCCAAGGAGGAAAAUAUGCAUUUGGCAGAUUUCGUUGCUGGUUCCGUUGGAGGAGCCUUUGGAGUGGCUGUGGGGUAUCCUUUGGACACAGUGAAGGUGAGAAUACAGACACAAAGGAGAUUCACAGGAGUUUGGCAAUGUAUUCAUACUACGUGGAAGACAGAAGGGGUGAGUGGAUUCUACAGGGGCAUGUCCAUGCCAGUCACCACUGUGUCCAUUAGCUCCUCUGUAGUGUUUGGCGUCUACAGGAAUGUCCUGCAGUGUUUACAUCAACUACGAUCCACCUCCACAGGUUUGGAUUUUCUGCCAGCCAAAGUGGACUUCUUCUUGUCCGGGUUGUCAGGAGGUGUUGCCCAGGUAUCUGUAAUGGCACCAGCUGACAUAGUAAAAGUACGGAUGCAGUGUCAGAUGGUACACCAAGGCUUGGACGCUCAGCAACCCAAGUAUCGCGGCCCAAUGCACUGUCUGCUGACCAUCGCUCGUGAAGAGGGCUUCCUCGGACUGUACAAGGGAGCUGGUGCCCUCGCCCUGCGAGACGGCCCCUCUUUUGCCACCUACUUCACUAUUUACCACGUUAUCUGUGAGCAGCUAUCCCCACCUGAGAACACCCAGCCAGGUAAACACACAGCACCUGAGAACACCCAGCCAGGUAAACACACAGCACCUGAGAACACCCAGCCAGGUAAACACACAGCACCUGAGAACACCCAGCCAGAGUGGAAUGUGGUUCUGCUUGCUGGUGGACUGUCAGGGAUGUGUGGCUGGUGCAUAGGGACACCCAUGGACGUGAUCAAAUCCCGUCUGCAGGUGGACGGUAUGGGCAAGAGGAGAUACACAGGUUUCUUCCACUGCAUCGCACAGAGCAUACGCACUGAGGGGCCUGGUGUUCUCUUCAAAGGCCUGGGCCUCAAUUGCAUACGGGCCUUCCCUGUCAACAUGUCCGUGUUCGCCAUGUACGAGGUGGUUGUGCGCCUCCUCCGACCGAAAACUUGAAUUUAAAGGCUUUGGUUGUUCAUUAGGUGCCGAAUGGACUGAAAUAGGAACUACUGGGCCGAGAACAAAUUUGGACACGGUCUGCACUAAUGAAUCCAACCUUGUCUUUGAAGACUUGGGUGAUGGGAUUCUAUUUUAAUUGUUUUCCAUGACUAGAAUAACACUCAAUCCAUUGUUUGUUGUAUCAUUAUUCACCUUUGCCUCAGUUGCUGCUAUGUGAUUUUUAUAUAGUGCCAUACUGCCCUAUAAGGGGAAACUACAAUUCCUCAGUAAGAUUUAUUUUAAAUAUUCCUGCAUAGUAUUUCAAGGGAAAAUAUGAAUUGAAAAUGAAUAAUAAGCUAAAACAGUUUUAUGGUUGAGUUCUGAUUGGGCCUAAUAGUACUACAGAAACUUACUUCCAUUAUUUUGACUUACCUACUUUUUACACAACAUUCCCUCACUGACCUUAGAACAUAACAGGGGUGUAUUUUACACCGCAGGAUCACUUGAUUUCAAUGGCUAGAACUGAAGCUGACGGACAACGUGGCUUAGAAAAUAUGAAGUUUUUCCUGAAUACUGUAUUAAUGAAAGUUACUUGUUGAUCCUGCCCAAAUAAUUAUCCCACUGUUCAUAUCGCUCCUGUCGGCAGCUCGGAAACAAGAGUCUUUGAAGUAGGGCCACCAUCCAGCAGUAUACUGGGGGUCCAUCAUCAGUAUUUAGGAAUUGAUUAACUUCUGCCACAGGCUUUCACCUCACCUUCAGUAUGAAAGUGAGCAAAGCCCGGGAGCUGAGGCUAGGAAUUUAUCAACUUUGCUUUGUUACUGUAUCCAAGCAGUAUCAAUUAUUUGUCCUUGACUUGGACAGUAUUUAAUGGUACUGUCUAAACUCCCAGUUCUCAAAAAUACUGCAAGUCAUUCUCUGUAUACCACAUGUACUGAUGAUCCUGUACGUGUGAUUGUGUUUGAGACAAAACAAAAC